CAAAAAAAAAAUGAUUAGAUAUGAACAAAAAAAUGUAUAAAUAGUUAAUCUAUAUCUUACAAGAUACCUAAUGCUGUUGUUUAGUACAUCUUCCAUUAAACAGUUUAAAUUUUAAUUAUAUUAAUUACAAACUACAUAUUUUUUACUUAAUAAGUGUAAAAAUCUACUUUUUAUUACAAAAUGAACAAGUUUCCAGGAAACUAUGAAACAUAUUUGAAUUCUAAGUCUGAUAUAUCAAAGGUAUCAGAAUUAGAAUUCUAUAAAGAAGGUUAUUCAAUUAUGUUGAAAGCAUAUGAAGCCAAUAUGCAAGAAAUUCAUAGUUUACAAGGCAAAGUUUCUAUUUUGAAACACGAUUUGAGCGAUACAAGUGAAUUGAAUGAGAAAUUGAAAGAAGAAAUUGGAGAGACCUUAAUAAAAUCAGAAAAGUUGAAAAAGAGCAAUGUCACAUUGCAAACUAAAAGUGAUAAUUUACUGUUGCAAAAUGAAAAUUUAAAAUGUACAAUUAAAACAUUGAAAAAGGAGAACGAACAAAUGGUGACAAUAAAACAAAUGGAACAGUUAUUGGACACAAAAUUAGCUAAACUUGAGAAUAGGAUUGUAAAAGGCCUGGUAAAUCCUAUAGGCAUUACCCCUCACGUAGCUACAAAACAAGCAACAAAUAUUGUGAUUGAGGAACAUGAUUCAACCGCUUCAGCUCGUUCUUCUUCGCCAGUGAAAUCAUUCCACGAUGAAUGUACUAACUUGCAAAUUAAACAAUGCACAGAAUGGUGGUGUCCCAUGCACUCAAACUUUGCAGUAUUGAUAAAAGAGGUCAAGCCAUCUACAUAUGAAGAUGAAACUUUGAUUAAACGAGCCAAGUCUCGUUAUGCAUACUGGGCCAAAGGGGACACAGAUAAUAUUGCAACAACAUCUCAAAAAAAAGGUACAUCGAAAAGGUUAGCUGUGAAACCGGAAAAGAAACCGGUAUCGAAAAAGACGAAAAAAAGCACUGCUAUUUGUUAUACAGACAAAACAUUGGAUUUAAUAACAGAUCUAACUAUACCAACCGAUGCAGAGAACACCUUGAAUAUAAAAAAGGAUGAUUGUUCAUUAACGGUUAAGACACCUGUAGAGAAUACGGCUGUAGAUUACUGGACUAUAGCACAUUAUAAAUGUGCUAAAAUUGCUAAUGUUGCUCUGCAAGAUAGGUAA